AUAGUUUCACAAGGUUGGAGAAUGACAAAUUAUCCACUUCAUCGAAUCUAGAAAGGAAGUCAAAUCAAUUGUGGUUGGGAAAGACACGUGCACCGGUCGCGGAUGCAAUGUAGGAGCAACUUUGAAUGCUGAAUAUGCUUCACAAAGAAUACAUAGUAGCGUACCACGAGCUUUUCGCAGCGCGAGAGAACGUGCGACCUGUUGCCUUGACAGGGUAGUAUGUCGAUUUUGAAAAUCCCAUUUUUAGGGAUUAGCAUGGUGCAUGGGAUUUUUCUCUCGGUUUCUUUUGGCUACUCUGUCAAUCUUCAAAUAAAUAGUACAUGGCAACCCUGUUGAUUUGAAUAUCAGGCUGGCUAAAUGCAGAAAAGAUCUCUUUAAAAUAAGGGAUAUAAAAGCAGCCGAAGAUCAGGAAACCAUCACUAGGGACUCGUCCAGAUCUAAGCUUAUCACGAGUGAGAAGAAUGGUCUACUUCAUAGUGUCUCCUUAGGUUUAUGUAAAAAAAAAAGCGGGUUGGAAAGGGAUACGGCUGUGGUUUCUCUGCUUAGACUCUAUACAUAGUCUUUUUUCCCCCACUUUCGAUUUUGAUAACCAUUUGUUCCACAAAACAGAAAAGUGACUACUCAGAAGCUUGGGGAAGCUACACAACUCUUUUAGAAACAAAAAUAGAAAUCCUAUUUUCAAAUGCAUCGCUGGUUGUGUAGUGCGUCUUCGCUGAAGAUGUGCAUCUCAGGUGCUCGAUACUAUAUGCACACGAAUCUUCCGUCGCACGUCGUGGGCAGUGGAGGCUGUUAUCAAAGCCUUCGCCUGUUCUCACGCGUGCACGGCGCUAGGUACCCCUCGGCAAUGGUGGGUGAAAUGCAUGGCAGCGUCUGCGCUAUCCGUCGUACCAUCUCGGACCCGCCGCGAGCAGCGGCAACGACCCAGAAUGGGUUUAAGACCUCCAUCGAAAACGAUCCGGAGGGUGGAUUCGCGUCUAAACACUUUGACUUUCAAGAUGUGGAUGCGGACCGGCUCACACAUUUUUACUGGGAUCGUAACGAGGAUGGCAACCCGUACCAGGUCGUUCCAGAGUUCCAGUGGAUGGGUGAAGAUGAGUUUGAGCAGGAUAACCUGACACACGUCUCCAUGGAAGACCGCAAAUAUCUAAUAUCGGAGUAUUUGUAACCAAAGUAAUUUGCGAAAUAGGUUUCACUUAAACACAUUUCACUCUUAAUUUGAUUAGAUAGAUAGCUCAACGUGUGUUAACAUUUUAAAACGUCGGUUUUCGAAAGCAAUUCGCUUCUCAAGCGACUCUUAAAUCAGUUGAUUGGGGGGUGGGGUGGCUCUAAACAUCAGCAGAUCUUGCCAAGAGGGAAUAGAGGGAGUGUCUUCACUUUCUAUGUUGGGAUGAGUUGUUGUCAUGAUAUUUACGAUUGCUUUCCCUCCGACACAUUCUUGCCUGUUUAGAGGUAUUUGAAUCCUUCUUGUCUUCUUGCUUUCCUCCAUUUCAGAACUUUUCGCGACUCGUUCGAGGUCUAACAUCUGGGAGUACUUUUACGACCUGUAAAAAGUUGAGUGUCAAGGCCACUGUGCAUCAGAAUUGUUUUACCACGUUGUUAGCUUACUUGGUAAUACUUUUUACUCUUCUAUUCGCCGGAAGUUACUUAAAAUGAAAUAAUGCCCUGAAGAUGCACAUAUAUGAGCAAUAAUAGAUAUAAUUCAAAAAUAAAAAAUAUAAAA